GGCAGCACAAUUCUCCGACUGGGCAAUUUCGCCGCUGACCCGGGACCCUGAUUCGUCGUUUACAGGGUGCUGCAAGAAACGGCAAAAAUAGAAAAGACCACAGAGGAUCAUCAUAAUACUGCAAGGCUGGCACUUGACGGACGCCUAUUAGCAUUACUUCAUCCCUUUGGCAUAUGCUCGUGGGCAUCACCAUAACUACAAAAGCGUUGUUGAUGAUGAGAGCGCCCGAGCUUCGAUGAAGGGCAGGUCGUACGCAUGGAACGUCCGGUCAUUGUCGACCAUGUCACUUAGGGAGCAGAAAACGUCGCUGCGAAAGCGUGUUGAGGAAAGCCUCAAGAAGCUCGAGCCCGAAGAAGUCGAAAGGCAGUCGGCCAUCAUCACGAAGCAUGUCCUACAAAUGCCGGCCUAUCAGAAUGCAAAAUCAAUAGCAAUAUUCUUGUCAAUGCCCGGCAAAGAGGUAUCUACGGGCAAUAUCGUGCUGCAGGCUUUUGAGGACGGAAAGUCUGUCUUCGUGCCAUAUCUACAUGCAGGAAGAGAGCCCAAGUCGAAAGUCAUGGACAUGUUGCAACUUCGGAAUAAGGAUGAUUUUCAGUCAUUGAAGCCCGACGCCUGGGGUAUCCCGUCACUCUCGAAGGACUCGGUCGAUCAGAGGGAGAACGCGCUCGGUGGGAUCGGCGUCUCGGAUGAAUCAACGCAUGACCAGAAGGGAGUCUCAAAUCUUGACCUCAUGUUCAUGCCGGCAGUAGCUUUCGAUCGGUCUCAUCGACGUCUUGGCCACGGCAAGGGAUUCUAUGACCGCUAUCUUUCGACUUAUAAGAACGCUGUUGACUCCAGCGAAGCCCGGCGGAAAAUGCCAUACCUGGUUGGACUUGCUCUUCAUCAGCAGAUGCUGUUACCAGGAGAGAACAUCCCCGUAGACGACAACGACUGGUUGGUCGAUGAGGUGGUAGUAGCUGAAACGUGAGCGUUGCGUGCCAAAAUAUCACCACAACACGACUUCUUUUAUGCUUCCUCGAAGCUGCUCUCGUGCGUCGUGCUGGACCAAAGACUUUUUGACUGUUUAUCCCGUAGUAGAGGAAAAAACAUUUUGCUCAAUCCAAAGACUGUAUGAGCGAGACAUUGUCUCCUUUGAGCAAUAUUUGUCCUAG